CAAGGACAGAACGGAACGACAGCAUGAGUUUCUGAGCACAAACGGAUUGUGAAUUGAAGAUGUCACAGACAUAUAGACUUGGCUCCUCGGUGAAGGUGGAGCAGCUGCAAGAAGAACUAUCCGCUCAGAUUCAGGCUCUGAGGACUGAGAUCGAGGACAAUGAGAUGUUACAUAAAAUAUCCUCAAAACCAUACAGCUCUGUCCAUAUUCCAAAAGAUGCGUCUUACUUUCGUAUGGAGAGGCAGCAGGUGCUCCUUAAAGCUCUGCAAGUUUCGUCCACAAAGCCUGUUGUGUCACAAGCAGAAGUGGCUGAGAGAGAGAUGGAGAGCUGUCUGACACAAGAGCACACACCUGACGGUCUACCCUUACUGCUGCAUCAGUUUUACACAGAUCAAACGUAUAAACUGGCACGGUGCAAAUACCAGCUGAUGCUGAGAUGGAGGAGAUUCGGUCGCCAUUCCACUGUCUUGGAGAAACUAUAUCCUCAAUAUAAAAAACAGAUCACACAUUUAAGCAAUGAAUUUGAAGACUCUGUGCACCGGGCACGUCGUCUUGCCGUGUCCAGAGAGAAGGUCCUGGCAGGUGUGGAGAGCCCCGUCGCUGUGCUCACACAGGAAGAUGUCAUCAUUUACCUCCAGUGGCUUAUUUGUCAUCUGCACUCCAUCAAAAGCAUCUUCAACUUUCUGCAUGUUCUUCAUUAUCUCCCUUCGACCGAGUGGAAUGAGGAUCAGAUGUCCAACGCUAUAGAGAUCUUUAACUGA